AUGGCGUCUCCGGCUGUCCUGGUCGCGCGCUUUCUUCGCGCAAACAACUACAGCCAGACUCUGGAUGCCUUUCUUGCUGAGGCCAACUUGCCUUCAGAUGCCGGUGCCGUGACCAACGGCGACCUCACCGUGGAACAGCUGCUUCGCGAGAAGCAAGCAUUUGACUUGAGUGCCAAUUUCGAAAGAUUGGGUGUCCAAGAUGAUGACAAGGGAUGGCAUGAUCCUGCACCCUCCUCUGCCACUGAACUCACGCUACCCACCACAUCCAAUCUCCUGAAUGCAUCCGUCGAGAUUAUCGCAAGAGGUGUCGAAGCAGAACCGUUCAUAUUAGCCACCACCGCAGACCGCCACCUUCACCUCAUCUCAUCCCGCGCAUCUUCGUUCGAAAUUCAUCGUUCCAUCUCCCACAUCCAGGACUCCCCUAUACUUUCGUAUAAUGUCAUCUGCCAGCGAUACCUACUUGCUUCGAGCAUGUCUGGGAAGCUUUUACUAUACGAUUGCGGCUCUGAUACCCUGCUCAACGAACGGAAGGACCAUGCUAAAUACCUUGUCAAAAUCGCCAGCAUAGAGGAUGACGAAGGUGCCUGGAUUGCAACUGCUGGCUGGGAUGCCAAGGUACACCUUUAUCGUCUCAAUGUUCGACAGGAUAGUCCUAUCCAUUUAAAAGCGCCAGUUGCAAACUUGACGCUCCCAACGAAUCCUGAGGCCCUGCUGUUCGUCCGACACCCGGUGACAGAAAAGCCGCUGCUGCUGCUGACUCGCAGAGACUCAACAUUUCUCUUUUACUAUUCACUCCCCGAACCAGGCGCAGGUUGCAGUGAAGGCGCGCCGGUCACCCUCGAGCUUCUUGGGAAGCAGAACCUGGCACCAACCUCCACUGCUUGGGUCGCCUUCACCCCGUCAAGUAUUGCUCUGUGCCCUACUGACAGCUCUUUGCUGGCAGUAGCUACCUCGGCAGUUCCACAUAUGAAGCUUCUCAUUGUCCGUUUACUUUUGCCUCCUGCAGAUGCCGUUGAUGCUGGUAGUGAACGCUCAAUUGGCCUGGAGGAAGCACCAAUUGCUCAAGACUCGGUUCGGGACGGAAUUAACUUUUCCGCCAUGACCCAAGCGUCUCAAGCUAGGGCGGCCCUCAUAGUACAAGAGCGCGAGCUGGCAGCCAUACUCAUUCAAUGCAGCACGUUGGCACCGCAGACACCUUACUCAACGCCGUCUCUCGCCUGGCGGCCAGACGGUACUGGCGUUUGGGUGAACAGCGAUGACGGCGUGGUCAGAGGUGUUGAGGCUAGCACCGGCAAAGUAGUUGCAAGCUUGAAGGGCCAUGACGCCGCAUCCAAGAUUCGCUGCAUAUGGGCGGGGCGCGUUGGCUCUGGGGAAAACGGUGGCGAGGAGUGGAUGAUCAGUGGCGGCUUCGAUCAAAAACUGAUCCUUUGGCGAACACAACAAGCCGUAGAGUCAGCAUGA